CUUUUCGCUGCUUUGGUCGCUGCCAGCUCGACAACACGCAACCCUCUACGUGCCAUAUCCACAGUCCAAAAUGCCACCAUCCACACACAUAGCCAUCGUGUGACCGCUCUCCAUAACUUUGACCUGUCCUUCGUGUUGCGCCCAGAUCUUCAUGUCAAACUCUCUCUCGAGCCCAAUCAUGAACUUCUCCCAGACACUGGCUUGGUCGUCUCAUAUUUAAACCCCGAUGGAUCCGUCUCUAGGACCGAGGACCUUGACCGUCUGGCCCACAAGGUCUUCCGAGGAAGUGCUUGGUACCGCCAGGAAAACGUCGACGACGAAUGGAUAAGAGCAGGAUGGGCAAGAAUCACCGUCGUCAAGGAUGGUCUGCAACCUCUGUUCCAGGGUGCCUUUGCCUUGAACCACGACAACCACCACAUUCAAUUGGCUCCUCACUUCGCCCACACGCGCCACCACCUCGAUCCCCAUGUUGAUACCGCAGACGAGAACUCCAUGGUUGUAUACCGCGACUCUGACAUCCUGCGGGACCAGGAUGUCGACUAUAUGCAAGAGUUGAAAAGAAGCCUGGAAUACGAUGAUGGUCUCACAUGCCACUCAGACAAUCUAGGCUUCAACGGCCAACCCGAUCAUCCUGUUUACACCGCCAUGCAGCGACGAUCUGAUUCUGUCCUGGGAAGCGAGACUUUGAGUAACCUCUUUGGCAAACGCCAGGUGGAUAGCAGCACUUCUGGCAACUCGGCAGGCGUCGACCUCACUUCCACUAUUGGCCAGACUCGAGGUUGUCCCAAUACCAGACAGGUCGCCCUCGUUGGAGUCGCUACUGACUGCACAUACACCGCGCAAUUCAACUCGACCGAGUCUGUGCGCAUGAAUGUCAUUGACCAAAUGAACACAGCAUCUAGCAUAUACGAACAGACUUUCAACAUCUCGCUUGGUCUGGCUAACCUGACCAUCUCCGACUCGAAUUGUCCCGGCACCCCAAACUCUGCAAGUGCUUGGAACCAGGCCUGUAGCGAUAGCGUCGACAUUCAAGAUCGCCUCAACUUAUUCAGUGCAUGGAGAGGCAAUCAGCAAGAUAGCAACAGUCAUUGGACACUGCUUAGUACUUGCAAUACCGGAAGCGCCGUCGGUCUUGCCUGGCUUGGCCAAGCAUGUGUCCAGACCGCCUUUUCUACCAACAGCAGCACUACCGGAAAUGGUCAAUCUUCUAGCAGUGGCUCAGAGACCGUCACAGGCGCAAACGUUGUCGUGAGAACUCAAGGAGCUUCGGAAUGGCAGAUCAUUGCCCACGAGACUGGUCACACUUUCGGUGCCGUCCAUGAUUGUACAGAACAGACUUGUGCGCAAUCUUCGACCGUCGGCAGUCAACAGUGCUGUCCACUGAGCUCUUCCACCUGUAAUGCAGGUGCACAGUACAUCAUGAACCCUUCGACCACUUCUGGUAUCAAGAACUUCAGUCCCUGCAGUAUUGGCAACAUUUGCAGCGCUCUUGGGCGCAACAGCGUCAAGUCCACUUGUCUAACUGCCAACAGAAACAUCAAGACCAUCGGUACGCAGGAAUGUGGCAAUGGAAUUGUCGAAGAAGGUGAAGACUGUGACUGCGGCGGCGAGUCAGGAUGUGGAAACAACUCAUGCUGUGAUGCAAAGACUUGCAAGUUCAAGAACAAUGCCGUCUGUGAUGACAGCAACGAAGGCUGCUGCAACAACUGCCAAUUCGCCUCCAACGGAACUGUUUGUCGCGCUUCUACAGGCCCGUGUGAUCCUGCAGAAACCUGUCCAGGUACUUCAGGUACCUGCCCACAAGAUGCCAACGCGCCUGACGGUCAAAAAUGCGGCAAUGGCCUCCAGUGUGCCAGCGGUCAAUGCACAAGUCGUGAUCAGCAGUGCAGGAGCGUCCUGGGCGGCUAUCAAGAUGUUGGAAACAACACUUCGGCUUGCGACAGCUCGACUUGCCAGAUUAAAUGUACGGGCGGUAGAUCUUCUGUGUUUGGAAACAAUGCCUGUUUCGAGGUGCAACAGAACUUCCUCGAUGGCACACCUUGUGGCGGCGGAGGCAGAUGUGACAAUGGACGCUGCAAAGGCACAAACGCUGGAGGCCAGAUUCGCUCAUGGAUCGACGACCACAAAGGCAUUGUAAUUGGCGUUUGUUGCGGUGUAGGAGGCCUUCUUCUCUUCGCAAUCUUCGGCUGCUGUGCUCGCGCCUGCCGAAGACGC